AAUCCCCCGUUACUUCCGCGGAGCGACCGCAGUUCCAACCGCAGAACGCAGAACGAUGCAGGACAAGCGGCGCGCCACAAGCGACACUAGCAGCAGUCCAGGCUCGCUUAUGGGUACACGUGAUGUGGCUAUAGAUCGAACGUUGUCGUCCACGUCGGCGCUGCCGACACCUCGGGGCAUCGGUAGCACUCUCAACGUGUGCGUGGAAGGCAAGUUCCUCGGAAUCCUCAUGUCUGGCAUGGUGGAGAAGCGUCGCGAGGGAGCUGUUCGAGCUGGUUUUGCACGGCGCCUCUUCCUUCUUAGCGUGCGGGGAUGCCACUACUACCGCAAGGCGGACGACGCUGAAGUCUUUGGCACGGAGCGUGGGCACCUGGCCCUUCGCGACUUUGGCUACGCGAAGAUCGUUCCUGAGAACGAAGCGCCGUACGGAACCGUGGAGCCCAGCGUGGACGGUUACCAUUUCGUCGGAUUAUUCUCCAAGCAGCACACGCUCACGUGGUUCCUCCGCGUGGACUCGAUGGACGUCGCGAAGGCGUGGGUGACGGCCAUCGGCGCCGCGCAAGAGAUCGCCAAGAAACACUUGUACCCCACGGAGUGGACUUCCACCAUGUACAACACGUUCAGCUCCAUUCUCACCGGCCAUGCGCUGCUUCCUGCGCCUGCCAACGAAACCGGAUCGACUUCCGCCACUCCGUCCAACCACGACUCUGAAUCCCCAUCGUCGUCGUCUCUUCCUGCCUUGGAGGUGGCGUCGAUCUUAGCCGUUUCCAUCGAGCAACCUUCACAGCAGCAUGACAUGACCCAACACCUUCGCCGCGAACGACUCGUGUCCCGCAAAGUCCACCUGAAUCAGCCGAUUUCCGUCGGCACGUCGUUGCUUCUGAACGAAUCGCUCACCAUCCUGCUCUCAAACGGGCAAUCCGUCUCGCUCUCACUCGAAACUGUGCGCCAUGCAGCCCCAACCUCCUCUCUCUCCACCACCCUUCCGAUUGACUUGGCCACAUCCUCGUUCCGCAUUCAAGCCUCGCUACACUUGACAAAGUCGGCAAGUCCACCUACGACCGUCCCCUCAACUCCGUUGUCCCCAUCUUCUUCUUCCUUGCAUACGUCUUCGCACGAGUUGCUGCAAGCCCCGUACAACGCGGCGGCGCUGGCCUUCAGCGGCCUGUACAUCGUCAGCUGUGUGUUGGCGUACGCCUUCGGCCCGCCGUUCCAAGGGCUCAUGCAGAUCACAGUCAUCUUGGGCGCUUUCCUGUCGCUGUCUGUGGUGGCGUCUGCCGGGCUUCGUGUUCAUGAGAUUGCCAGUAUCAAGGCAGGUCAAACCAGAGCCGCUACCUCCACUAACUCUGGGCCUUCGGUCGGCUCGUACGCGGCCACAUUGACCAUCACGGCGCUCGACCGCGUGGCCCCAGCUCCAGAAGAACAGACCCCUGGAGAGAAGACGACGACAACGUCCGAAACGGCGCCGAAAGCGGUGCCUGAACUCGCGUUUUCGCCGCGGUUCAUUGCAGCGGAGAAGGGCAAUGUGGACAAAGGACGCGUGCGGUACGAGAACACGCUGCAGUGGCGCCGAGAAAACCGAGUGGACGGGAUGCUGCACAUCCCCCAGCCACAUUUCCACUUGAUCAAGAAGAAUUACCCCCAGUAUUUCCACGGCCAGUCCAUCAAGGUACUAACUACUUACACGCACGACCUAUCGCUAUAGUGCAUUCCUAUAUAUAUCUGUGUGUACGAUGGAUUUGUAGGGCCAUUGCGUAUAUUACGAAAAAGUGGGCAAGAUUGACCUCAAGGCGAUGAAAGCGGCGGGGCUGACGAUCGAGCAGUUGCUGCGGCAUUACAUUUACCUGACCGAGUACAUGUGGACGAUUCUGGAGCCGUCCGACUCGGGGCGCAGCGUGACGGUGCUGGACGUGGAGGGCAUCGGGUUUUACGACCUGACGGGGGACGUGAUGGACUUUGUCAGGCAGGCGAUGGGGUUUGUGUCGGCGCACUACCCGGAACGGAGUGCACAGAUCUUCAUUGUGAACGUGCCCCGGUGGUUCGACGUCGUGUGGCGCGUGGUGAGUCCCAUGAUUGAACCCGUCACGAAGGAGAAGAUCCGCAUCUGCAAAGGCAGGGCGGUCAAGGAGGAGCUGCUCAAGUCCAUCGCGGAAGACCAACUGCCGGUCGAUUAUGGCGGCACAGGGGUCAAGUUGGGGCUGUCGGCGGAGGAAGUAGCGCUGGCCAAGCACGUGGACGAUAUCAUGGAGAAAUCAGGCAAAGUAGACGAUUAGAGCCGAAUACAAAGUACUCGUAAUACCAUCGACUCCAGUACCUCCACGGAUCCCAAGAACCUCCAUUCUAGUACAAAGUAAA